AUGGGGAGGAACCUGAAGAAUGUCCUGGUGGUGUCCUGUGGAUUCUUCCUUCUCUUCACAGCCUACGGAGGCCUGCAGAAUCUGCAGAGCAGCCUCUACAAUGAGGAUGGCAUGGGCGUGGCGACCCUCAGCACCAUCUACUGUACUAUGAUGCUGUCCUCCAUGUUCCUCCCACCUGUCCUCAUCAAGAAGUUUGGCUGCAAGUGGACCAUGGUGGGCUCUAUGUGCUGCUACAUGACCUUCUCCCUGGCCAACUUCUACCCCGACUGGUACACCUUGAUCCCUACUUCCAUCUUGCUGGGCCUGGGUGCAGCUCCUCUGUGGUCAGCCCAGUGUACCUACAUCACCAUCAUGGGAAAUCUGCAAGCACAGAAAGAGGGGAAGCUGGCCAAGGAUGUGGUGAACCAGUACUUUGGCCUCUUCUUUCUUAUCUUCCAGUCCUCUGGAAUGUGGGGCAACCUCAUUUCCUCACUGGUGUUCAGCCAGAUGCCCAGUAAAGUGGCCAUCCCAGAGGAUCAGCUCAAGUCCUGCGGGGCCAAAGACUGUCUGAUGGACACAGAGGUCAGCAAUAGCACUUACCACCCCUCCCACCAGCUAAUCUACACACUCCUGGGUAUCUUCAACGGGUGUGGUGUCCUGGCCAUCCUGCUGGUGUCCGUGCUUCUGGAGUCUGUGGAAGACAGACUGGCUAGAGAAGGAGAGACGAGGCCCAGGUCGCUACCUCUCUGGUCCACUGUACUCUCGACCUUCAUGCUGUUUAAAGACAAGCGCUUGUGCCUCCUGAUGUUCCUGCCACUGUACAGUGGGCUCCACCAAGGGUUUCUCUAUGGAGAGUACACAAAGUCUUACGCGACCUGUGCCCUGGGCAUCCAUUUCGUGGGCUAUGUGAUGAUCUGCUUCUCGGCUGUCACCUCCCUGUGCUCCCUGCUGUAUGGGAAGAUCUCCAAGUACACGGGCAGGGCGGUGCUCUAUGUGAUGGGUGCCACCAUUCACCUCGUUUGCAUUAUCAUCCUCCUCCUGUGGCGCCCGAACCCCGCCCAGCUGCCCAUCUUCUUUAUCCUCUCUGGCCUGUGGGGAAUGGCAGAUGCCGUCUGGCAGACACAGAACAAUGCUCUGUACGGCGUCCUGUUUGAGAAGAAAAAAGAAGCUGCCUUUGCAAACUACCGCCUUGGGGAAGCCUUGGGGUUCGUCAUUGCCUUUGGGUACAGCUCGUUCCUGUGUGUGAGGACCAAGCUCUAUAUUCUCUUGGGUAUCUUGAGCCUGACUAUCACGUCUUAUGGGACUGUUGAGUACCUGGAAUCCAGGACUGCUAGCAAGGCCCCUCCUGCACGAGAGGAAAGCGAGGCAGGAAAAGAAGAAAUGAAGACAGAGAUAUGA